ACCUAACCAUAAGCGGGAAGUAAGAGGAAGCCCCUAAAUGUUACUUUUUGUUUCCACAUUUUCUGGUUUUACCCACGCUGAAGAUCACAGGAAUGUUCACUGGCUUAUAGUUUCAUAUUCAUUUUUAAAACAUAUGCCGCUGUGUAAUGGAACAGUGACUGGCAUCAUGUGGAGGCUUUUCUUUCAUCUGUCUGCUGUAGCUCUGGGUCUCAUCUGGCAAAGCAAACACACAGUGGCCUCAGAUGGACUGUCCACACCCGACGAGGUAACUGCAGCACAUGGAGGAUCUGUGACGGUCGAGUGUCAUUAUGACCAACAGUUCAGAGAGAACACAAAGUACUGGUGCAAAGGACCAGUGUAUGUCUACUGUAAGAUCGUGGCGAAAACACCCAGGAACCGACCCAGUGACAGAUGCUUCAUUGCAGACGAUAAAGAGGCAGGAGUCUUCACUGUAACCAUGACUGGACUCCAAGACAGUGAUGACGAUUUGUACUGGUGUGUCAUUGCCAAGGGUGGAUUGAACAUCCACACUCCUGUCAGGCUCCUUGUUUCCCACACAGUGGUAACACCAACUGCGUUUCCUACAGUGGUAACACCAACUGCGUUUCCUACAGUGGUAACACCAACUCCCACAUGGACACUGGGACAUGAUGACAUAAGUUGGUGGGCGACUCUACGGUGGAUUCUCUUUGUCUGUAUGAUGUGCUGUUUGGUGUCAGUGCAUAUUGUUGUGUGGGGGAAUAGAAGGUGGAAGAAAAAUGGGAUCAAAUCAUGAAACAUGACUGUGUCAACAAGCAAAUAAUAAAACAAACAUUAAGAAUGUG